CACAAAGAAAAUUUAUUAUUUUUCAGAAAGAAAAUUGGGGAAAAUUCCGGAAUCAUAACUAAUAAGAAAAAUUAAUUCCUUGUUUCCAAACACUCCCUAAAAUCCUCUCUGCACCAGAAAAAAAAAAUCACACUACCUAACUCUAAACGAAAAAAAAAAUCAGAAAUUAGGGUUUUGAUUUUACAAUUCCCAAAUUACAUGUCAAGUUAUGCCUUUUUAAUGCAAAUUAUUAGAGUUCUUGAAAUUAGGGCCUCAUGUUGAGUUCCUACUGUUCUCACUCUUUCUCUCAGCGCCCAAUCCUUGCUCCUGUCUUCAAAUUUCAGGUUCCGAAUCGACGUUGUACCUUUUCUUUAGCCCGAAGCUCCCGGAUCUUUGAAUCCAACUCGAAGCUAAAAAAGAACAAAUGGAAAAUUUCAUGCUUUAGGCAUGAGGGGUUCUCCCCAGAAAACCCAAAACCUGAGUAUAUCGAGCAUUUCCUGCCUGAAGAAUUAGGACAACCUGAGUUCAGUACGCCUAGUGCUCGCAAAAGAGAUUGGAAAUCAACUCUUCAGGAGGCUGCAGAUGCUGUAUUGAGUGCAGUGGGUAGCAGGUGGACUGUGCCAUGGACAGCAAAGACAAUUCUGCAGGUUAUGCUUCUCUGGGUAGCUGCUUUCUGGUUCAUCGGGUCUUGGAUGAUUCCUUUUGCUGCUCACAUGUCGGGGUUCAGCAAGGAAUCUCUAACAUUCAGAGGACAAGCCUUGUUCAGCCUUGUGACUGAUGUAACCGAAGGUCUUGCUGGGAUUGCGAUACUCCACCGCUGUUUGUCUCAGUUUUAUCCCCUUCCAUCAGAUUGGUUUAAAUUUAGUUUGAGAGGGAAGUGGCUUUUCGAUGUUAUGCUAGGAUGUCUCAUGUUUCCUGCCAUCAACCGAUUAUCACAGUUCAGCCUCAAUUUAUUACCCCUUAUGCCAUCUACACCCGUAACCCUUUCAAGUGUUGAGCAGUCAAUUUAUGCAAGGGAUCCAGUAGCCAUGGCACUAUAUGCAAUAGUAGUUUCGAUUUGUGCUCCUGUAUGGGAAGAAAUAGUUUUCCGUGGUUUCCUACUCCCUUCAUUGACCAAAUACAUGCCCGUUUGGUGUGCAAUACUAGUCAGUUCAGUCGCCUUUGCUCUGGCACAUUUUAAUGUUCGGAGAAUGUUGCCACUUAUUUUCUUAGGAAUGGUGAUGGGUGUUGUUUUCGCACGGUCAAGGAAUCUAUUACCAUCCAUGCUCCUCCAUAGUCUCUGGAAUGGCUUUGUGUUCUUGGAUUUAAUGAGAUAACUGGCUUUGUUUUCUCAUAUCAGCUGUAAUAUAGGUUCAUUCCUACAGAACCAAAAAUACGUUUCAGGUCAAUUUUCUGGGGCAUGCUUUCUUUCUAGGCUUUCAAGUGAUUUCUUGAUGAUUGACAAGCGACUUCCUCGUAUCUGCAACACAAAUUGAAUGCCUAGAAAACUUGUACAAGUCUCAUCAACUGAAUGCUAACAUGCAUAAUAGGACAUUCAGUUAAAUCCCAGCAUAGCUUAAGAGAAUUUGCCUUCACUGAUUCUGUCUUGUCUUUGAUUUUACCAGGAAACAGUAAAAAAGCAACAAAGAGAAUGAAGAUUAUAUAUCUUGCAUUUUGGCCAAA